GUUUGUGAGGCACUGAACUGACUUCCCCCUCGGUGUAUCCCAGGACAAUGUCUCGCGGCUGAAAUCGAAGGAUAAACACGGUGACUCCCCCCACAACCCGACCCCUCCCGAGAGGGGACAUGGAGGUCAAAGGUUCCCUGAUGACAAUGGCGACCGGCAACGUCGGCUCGAGCACAGGUUGCCGGCGCUAUACAAAAGCAGUGAAGAUGAAGACUGAGAGGAUAAGGGAGUUGGCUGAGCAACAGCAGGCAAUGGAGGAGACACUGAGGAGGAAGACGUUGGAGCUGAGGGAGCUCUGCUUGCGGGAAGCUGAACUGACGGGAAUGUUGCCCCCAGACUACCCGCUGGCACCUGGCGAAGUGCCCCCCCUUGUGGUGCGCAGGGCGGGAUUCGCGAAGAGGUUAACAGCUCCCACCAUAAAUUUGGAAGAGGAUGCUCGGCUCAUGAAUCUGGAGCACCGGUUUGCCACUGCCAAUCAGGGGCUGAGCGUCAGGGCAGAAUUCCCAGAAGGGGAGCCAGCGAGGCGGAGUCACGGGUACCAUCGCUGGGCACUGAACGACAACACGAAGAACGAGACUCAGAGAGCAACGAUCUACCCACAUGACUUCACGGCCACGCCGUGCGCUGACCGACCGACGGUGCCCUGUACCCGUGACACUGGCGGAAGCGGGCAGGCCCUGGGCUGGAGCCAAGGCUGGACGCUGCUGCCACCAGACGUCUACUGCCAGGCGAGGGGGCGCCGCAGGUCCUACGCCAACCCUGCCAGGUUGCUACAGAGAAGCAUGUCUGGGAUGGAAAGGAGUGUGCCAUCUUCACCCAUCAUUUACAGGGACAGGUCCGGGCAGUACAGGUAUCUGAGCUCAGUACCACGUUUCCCGGACGCCAUAUCCUCGCGGGUCGAGGUAUCGAGUGACGCGGGCAGCGAGCGGCAGGCUUUCCGCCACAGCUCCCGGCGCAGCGGCAGUUCGGAGACACUGAGUGAUGGCGCUGCCUUCACCCGCCCCGGCCGCCGCUCACUGGGGGGCACCGGCCUGUCCGGCUGCCCCGGGACCCAGCCGGCUUGCGGGCAUGAUCCCGGGCGCAAGCCGAUGCUGGGCUCCAAGGCGGUCAGCGCCCACCGUAGGGGGUCUGGCAAGCCGGUCGACCGGGACGUCCACAGGGCGCUGGCGCUGGAGGGGCUGCGGGCCUGGUACAUGCGGGCAGCCGUGUACGGGCACCAGCAGGAGCAUGUCACCCUGGGUUCAGACCAUCCUGGGUUGCAUGGCACAGGUGCUGCGCGACCCAGCUAUUCAUUGGUGACCCCUCAAGCGAACUGGGGGGCCUGCCGGAGAUCAUCGACAUCCCAACAGGUUGGGGUCACGACACGAGGUCGCUGGUAUGACCCACCCUGCUGACUGGAUGGUGGAGGAGGCAAGGGUUCGGACGAGGAAGCUAUGGGCACGGUCUUAGCUGUUGUUGUGAGACGGGGCGAUGGAGGAUUUGAGGGGAAUUGGAGAGACAGAGACCCUCGUGCCACAGAAAAAUUAACCCUCUGUGUGGGAGGGUUAGAGUUUACUGUGGCUUUCACCUUGGUGUGAAAUAUGCAGGCUUCACAAAUGUACCAUGCCAACUUUCUCUAUACCUGCUCCCAUAUUCUGCCACGCUCCUGUUCCCUUAACCCCUCUCCUUUCCCUUUGCUCCAUUCCUGCCCCCGCUUUUCCCACUAAAGCACCCAUUACCCCAUUCCUGCCCGCUUACCCCACUCCUGCCCCCUUUAUCACACUUCUGACCCCUCUCCAGCACCCACUCCCUUUCCCCUUUUUUCUUAACCCCACUCCUGCCUUCUUUAGCUCGCUCCGGUUCCCUUACCCUCUCCAGUUGCCUCAAACCCCUCUCUCCUGCUCUCUCUCACCCUCCUCCACAUCCCUCGCCCCACCUGUGUCCCCUCCACCCUGCUCCUGUCCCCUUUUAACCCACCCGAGUGCCCUUACCCCACUCCUGCCCUUCUGCUCUUGCCCUAUUUCUUUCUCCAGUCCUGGGUGAUCACCCACACCCACACCUUUUACCCCCUUGCUCAGCGCUGUUUGUUUGCCCUCUCAGAUUAUCACCUGGGCACUUUCACUGAUCGCUUCUAAUGCCAACUCACUGGGGGCACAUUCUCCUGCACACACCACCCAGUCCCAAAUCCCUGUACCGUUUCACCUUUCCCAUGUGUGGCACUGAGUCCCAGGCACAGGUCCUCUCUCACCCCGAUGCGGGCAUUGGUGGCAGAUGGCAACUACAUGCAAUAGUGUCCUGGCCAUCCGUGGGUGAGGAAUGGCCCAGGGAUGCAAUAGUAAGGGAAGGCAGUGGGCGAGAGAGAGAGAGAGAGAGACACUCCUGCCCCAGUUGCUACAGUGUGGUUGGGUUUGGGUUGGGCGCCUGGCACUCAGUGAGUUGGUAUCUUCUCGGGAUGGGAGGGGACGAGGGCUAAUUACACCACCCCCCCCCCGACAUUC